AUGGAUGUUGCUUCCACUAAUAUAAUGCGUGUCAAAAGAACCGAGGAUCCUUUUAUCAAUGGAGAGAAAGUUCCAGCCGUUAAUUUGAGUUUGGCACCGAAGUUUUACCACAAAGAGGCUCGAAUGGUGGAUAUCCAGAAGCAGGCAAGCCAACCUGGAUCAGGAGUCGUUUUAUCUGGGCGUAAAGAUGCAGUUUUUGCUGUGUUGGGACCUGAAAAACGGGGUCGGGCUUUGGCAGCUACCAAAGAAGAUUUUGAAAUGGCUACGAACAGAAUUUUGGAACUGGAGACACAAUUUUCUACAUUGAUGAAUCUGAUGAUGUCAAGGGAUCAACUGCAACCAAACCUGAACAGUGAAGGACUUGAGCUUAGUGUUGUUUCUCGUGAAGCUAUUCAUGGUUGGAUUCCUCUUCGUGCUGAAAGUUUCGAGAAAUUGAAAAAGGUUAAAUGCUAUAUGCAUAAACUACUAUCUGUCCUUGAACACUGUCACUCAAGAGGUAUAAUGCACAUAGAUAUCAAGGGAUCCAACCUUCUUGUUAGUGAUGAUGAAGCUCUGAAGAUAGCUUAUUUUGGCCUGGAAAAUUUUGUUAGUGUCGGGCACAUUCAACCAUUAACUAGUCGAGUUGUUAGUUUAUGGUAUCGGCCUCCUGAACUUUUGCUUGGAUCCACCAGUUAUGGGCAAUCUGUUGAUCUAUGGAGUGCUGAUCUCGGAAGCCGAGGAAGGACAGAAUUUGCUGGAGAAGGCAGUAAAGAAGUGCAGCAGAAGUUACAGGAAAGUAUAAGAGGAAGUGUUGUUGUUGUUGCAACAGAAGUGCAAUGCAGGGAAAGAGGUUCAGGUGAUGGCAGUGAUUGCAGGCCAGAGUAUAAGGAGAAACGAGGGUUUCAGCUACAGAUUAGUGAAAUUCAGUGA